AUGAGGACCACGACGAGCACCGCGUCCAGCGCGCAGCGCGACCAGCACAAUGGCCAGCAGGCCGACCAGCGCCAUCCUGCAGCACAGCAGAAGCACCGCAGCGACAGCAGCACGAUCAGCAACAUGUUCCACCGCAGCCUUUUGAUCGGCAUCGGACGGCGGGCCCUCGUGGCGAACGCCAGGCGCGCCCUGAGGCGCCACGCGCGCAAGGCGGCAGCGAGGCCUGUAGCGGCGGCUCCUGGUCAUCCGACGUCCCCCGCGGUGGACUCGAGCGUUACGGGGGACGCCGCUGCAGCAGCGCUCUGGCCGAAGCACGAGAGCGAGGCCCCAGCCGCCGCCGCGGUCCCUCCACAGAGCGCGGCCGGCGUGGCUUUCGCUGCCGCGCCGUGCCCAGGCACGGCGGCGCCGUUGCGUGCCGGGCCGCGGCAGACGGGGCGGGCCGCGGCUCAGGCCGCCCUGGCGCCCGCUGCAGCGCCCCUGCCCGCCGCGCCUCCAGCCCCCGCCGCCCUUCGCGCGCCCGCCGCCGCUCCGACGCCAGCCGCUGCGCCGGCCGUCGCCGCCACCUCGCCAGCCGCCGCCUCCGCGGCGCCCGCGGGCGGCGGCGACGAGCCUGAUGGCCCUGGGGUGCCCGCGCGGGCGGAAGGCCCGGCAGUGGCGCCCUCGGUGCACCAGCCUCCCAGGCCCAGGCGCGGCCCCAAGCGCCUCAGGCAGAGCAGUGGUGCGCCCACCGCCUCGCCCACACGCAGCAGCGCCGCCGUCCUGGCGACGGCGCAGGCCGCCUGCCAAGCCGAGCCAGCUCUGGCGGACCCCGAUGGUGAUGGCGCCGCCGCGUCAGGCAGCGCCGCUGGCGCGGAGCCGGCGGCGGCGGCGGCGGCGGCCAGCAUGGCGCCAGCGCCACCCGCGCCCGCCGAGCCCGCUCGCACGGCCUCCGCCGCGGCCGGCGCAGGCGGGGGCCCGCCUGGCGGGGCAGAGGCCCAGGGCUACGAGCCUUGCGCGGCACCGCCGCCUGCCCCGUUGGAGCCCCGCCGCGAGCGCCCAGCCCCAGCGGCGCCGCAGGCCGAGGCGAGCGGCGCCGUGCCCCGCGCGUGCGCCUCCACGGCCGCCCGCGCGGCAACCGGCCCAGGGGGCUUCCUGGCGGCGCAGGACUGGCCGGGGCCGCCCUCGGGCGGGGGCGGCGAGCUGCCCGACGAGGAGCUGCGGCGCGCGCUGGUGGAACGGCUGGGGCGGUCCCAGGCGCCGGAAGACAGGAUCCAGCGCACCGCGGUGCGUUGCAGGGCCCUCUUCAGCCUCCCGUGGGUGGCCGAACCGCAGACGCCAGCGCCCACGCUGGCCGACCCGCCGGCCGACCCGUUGGCAGAGCCGCUGGCCGAGCCGCUGGCCAAGAAGCGGCCGCGGCCGAGGGCGCAACCGGGCCAGGCGCUCGCCGAGCCCGCGGCGGCCGCCCCCAGGCCCUGGCAGCCUCUCAGAGCGGCACCCGUGCGCGUGCGGCCAGAGCCCCCGCUGCCAGCCCCUGGCCAGGACUUCCCUGUCUACACGGACGGCGACACCGGCUUGGAGCACCGAGGCGACAGGGUGUGGUGCUCGUUCUGCGACGUCGAGGUCAGGGGCAGCGAGGCGGACCACCUUGCCGCAAGGAGGCACCGGGGCAGCUCGGAGACGGCGCGGAGUGCAUCCAGACUCCUGUGCGAGCAGGGGCACAGAUUGUGGCGCGAGGGCAUCGCCGUCUCGAUGAUGAAGGCCAGCUGCGCGCUGUGCCACAAGGAGGGUGCCGAUUGGUGGGAGUUCUUCUCCCAGUUCCCGCUCCACCAGGAGACAAGGUGGCACGUGAGGUGUCGGAGCUGGUCGGACCUCCGGGCCCCGGCGAGGGCGGAGGCCGAGCCGCGGGAGGCCGCGCCGUCGCGGAGCGGGCCCGCCCGGCCCGCGGCAGAGCGGGCGCGCCCCGCGCCGGGCGAGCGGGCCCUCGCGAGGGAGGCCGAGCCGCGGGAGGCCCGGCGCGAGGAGCCGGGCGCGCCCGGCACUGCGCUGCAGGAGCGGGAGCAGGAGUGA